AUGGCCUCCGGAACCUCCCCUCCCCAUGGCCCCAAGCCCAGGUCCGCUAUUCCCUCCCACAUGCUGAACGGCGGAUCUCCUCUUCAUCUGUCCACGGGCUCCCGGGAUGCUCGCGAACGAGAGAGUCUUAACUCCUCCAUCCGUUCGUCUUUCGUUCCCCGCGUUCCCGUGGAGUUCGCCGACCUGCAAGAGAACACCCGCCCUGUCGGAGAAUCCAGCAACUACCAAGAUGAUACCCCUGCCGGUUCUCUCACGACCAGACCUACAUUGAGGGAUCCUGCUCGUGAUGCCAGAGAUGAAGCCGGUGCCUUGACCCCGCCCGCCAACGAGAGCAGACCCGCCAGUCCUUACACCCUUUUCCCUCCCAUUGACUUCGACGGACUGAGCUGGCCCUGCCCCGGUACCCGCGCGAGACUUGAGUCCACCCCCGAAGAGAAUGAAGAGCGCAUCCAGAAGCUCGCAGGUGCUGUGAGAACUAUCUUGGAGUGCGUUGGAGAGGACCCGGAGAGAGAAGGAUUGCGGGAGACUCCCGAGAGAUACGCCAAAGCUAUGCUCUACUUCACCAAGGGAUACGAGGAGAACGUACGGGAUCUUGUCAACGGUGCUGUUUUCCACGAGGAUCAUGAUGAGCUGGUUAUCGUCAAGGAUAUCGAGGUGUUUUCGCUGUGCGAGCACCACAUGGUUCCUUUCAUGGGAAAGAUGCACAUCGGCUAUAUCCCCGACCGUCGCGUGCUUGGGCUCUCGAAGCUAGCUCGUCUGGCAGAGAUGUUCUCCCGCCGUCUGCAGGUGCAAGAACGUCUGACAAAGCAAGUUGCCUUGGCCAUUUCUGAGGUCCUCAAGCCCCGGGGUGUCGGAGUCGUCAUGGAAUCCGCCCAUCUGUGCAUGGUGAUGCGUGGCGUGCAGAAGACUAGCAGCACCACGACAACUAGCUGCAUGCUGGGCUGUAUGCGCUCCAGCGCCAAGACUCGCGAGGAGUUCCUCAACCUCUUGAAUCGCAGAUAA